UGACGUGUGACGUCUAAACAGCUGUUUUUGUUUGUAUUGUACAUAGCCUAAACACAAACUUUCAAGUUUAAUUAUUUAAUAUUUACGCAAAUCAUGAGUGAAAAUAGUAAAUCCCUACGCAUAGACUGGUUUGAUGGAACUGUUAUAGAAGAAACGAGACCAUCGACCUCACAAUUUUUAGAGGAAGAUACAGCAGAAACCAAACCUUCGCCUAGAUUGCAAGAAAUAGAAAAGAAACCAAUCGGUUUUAAAAGGUUAUACGAUCUUUCAUUUUUAAAUCCACCAGUUUUAAAUUUAGAACUAGCCAACCGACCUGGGUUUUGGUUACUAUUCAAUGUGGAAUUAAAGGGCGAUUUUAUUGUACUGUUAGUUAAAAUAUUGGCUACUUUAUACAAAUCAUUGAAAACAAAUGAAAAGUCAAAAAUAGUUUAUCAACUGAAAAAUAAGUUCGAAAAAUCUGAUUUUUUAUUUCAAUUAAAAGAAUAUGUAAAAGGCUUAUCGAAGGUGAGAACAGUUGAUAAAAGAAUUAAUACUAAGUUUUGGGAUGACGUUGAAGCAUUUUACUUUUCUCUCAUUGAAUUUUGUGAAGCUAUAUUUUUAUUUGGCGGUCAUUCUAAGGAGUAUUUGGAACAAUUAUAUGAUUUGGUAGAAAUAGCAGAGUUAAGUGCGACUGAAGUUCAAGAAGAGCAUAUGGAACCAAUUAAUGAGAAAUUCUACGAAAAAGUAAUUUUUUUGAAAAAUGAAUUACAAACAUCUUUAAAUAAUGUAAUUGAAGAAGUUAUCAAAAGCAAAGACCCCAACAGUUUUCAGAAUUUAAAUAUUUUUCCUACAAAAAACGACUUACUUGGAACCAAUAAUGUACAAAUUGUACCGAAUAUCAUCAAUGGAGCUUACACAAGUGUUGAGCACUAUUUAGAUUUGCAAUUUAAAUUGCUAAGGGAAGACUGUUACGGCCCACUGAGGGAAGGAAUAUGUAAAUACAUGGAAAACCCCAAGAAAAGGCGUUAUGAAAAUAUAAGAGUGUACCCAAAAGUUCGAGUUAUACGUACAUACGUUAGCAAUAAUAAAGUAGGAUAUCUUGUCGACAUCGCGUGGAAUGAACGCCUUGCUAAUUUAUCAGUUGAUUUUAAAAACUAUGCUCGUUAUAAAAGACUUAUGUUUGGUUCUCUACUGCUGUUUACUAGUGAUAACUUCCAGAAUAUUCUAUGUGCCUCUGUGUUGGAUUCGAGUCUGGAUUUAUUAAGUAAUGGUUAUAUAGCAGUGUCUUUUGAAAGUCCAGUUUCAAACAAAAUAUUCUCUGAAAAAUAUUUAAUGGUCGAGAGUGAAGUCUUCUUUGAGCCUUAUCACAGAGUGUUGAAAGUUUUGCAGAAUUCUAGGACUGAUGAUUUACCGAUGAAAAAAUAUAUUAUUGACGUUCAGAUAGACACUAAACCACCCGCGUAUUUAACUCCAGAAACAAUUUAUAGCAUAAAAAACGAAAAAUCCGAAGAGAUAAGUUUUCCUGUACUCAAUAACAAACAGUGGCCAGCAGAAAAUCAAUUUGGUCUGGAUGAGUCACAAAUGGAUGCGUUCAAUUUUGCCCUCACAAGAGAAUUCGCUGUUGUUCAAGGUCCGCCUGGUACUGGAAAAACUUUUUUAGGGGUCAAAAUUGCUUCAAUCCUUUUGAGAAAUUUGGCGCUAGAAGGAAACCCAAUGUUGAUCAUUUGUUACACAAAUCAUGCCCUUGACCAAUUCCUAGAAAGCAUCCUGAAAGUAACGGAUAACGUUGUGAGAUUGGGUAGUCAAAGUAAAAGCAAAACACUAGAACCGUAUAACUUAAAAAAUAUGAGAUUUAAAAUGAAAUCCAAAUAUUCUUAUUUAUAUGGCACUAAGAAAUCGGAAUUGGAAAAGAUAUUCAAGGAUAUGAUGGAUGUACAGAGUGAUCUAGAAAAAUGUGAAAGAGAGUUAAUUAGUUAUAAAACAAUAAAACCUUACUUGAAAAUCGGUGAUGAAUUAUUAGAACUAAAGACAUCUGAUGAAGAUGCUGUGCUUAAUUGGCUUUUUGGUGAUUUGACGUCAACGAAUGAUGAAUCAGACGAUUUAGAUGAUUGGGAAAAACAGUAUGAAGAUAUUCAAAUUAUUGAUAAUAUAGAAACUUGCUUUUCUGAGGAAUGGGCUUUGAAAGAAAUAGAUUCUAUGGAAAAUAACAUUAAAUAUGUUAAAGAUAUAACUGAGGGCAGAGAAGAUCCGAUGAUAAAUAAGUUUCAAUUGAAGAUUGAAAAUAUUAAAGAUAGACUGAAAUUUUUUACGAAAUACACGACCUCAUAUUAUUUAGACAAGGAAAACUCCAGUGUACCACAAGUCAAGGAUUUAUACAAACUCACAAGGGAUGAGAGAUGGCGGGUAUAUUUCAAUGCGGUCGAAGUAAUAAAAGAAAAAUUAAUGACUAAACUAAACGAGUUAUUGGAGAAACACAAGGUAUGCAGUGACGAAUUAGAUGAAGUUUCCGCAACUGUUGACAGAGAAGUGAUGAAAAGUGCAAAGGUUGUUGGUCUAACUACAGCGGGAGCAGCGAGGCGAUAUCAUCUUCUAAAUACUUUGAUGUCUCCUAUAGUAAUUGUGGAGGAAGCCGCCGAGGUGCUAGAAGCUCACAUCGUAGCUUCUCUAACUCAAAAAUGUCAGCAUUUGAUACUUAUUGGCGACCACAAACAACUGAGACCAUCUGCCGCACACUACAUAUUAGCUAAAAAUUACAAUCUAGAAAUUUCUCUAUUCGAACGUAUGAUAAGAAAUAAAAUACACGCCCGAACAUUAACCAUACAAAGGAGAAUGCGUCCAAACUUUGUUGAUCUCUUGGUUCCUAUAAUAUAUGAGAAAUUGGAGAGUCACCCUAGUGUACUGAAGUAUCCCAAGGUCAGGGGAAUGAAGGACACCCUAUUUUUCUUUAGUCAUGACAGGUUGGAAGAUUCUGAGGGUUUAGAAGACAGCUGGAGUCAUAAAAACACAACAGAAGCGCAUUGGUGCGUCUCUUUAGCCAAUUAUUUACGUCGAAUGAAGUAUGAUCCGGAUGAAAUUACAAUAUUAACUACUUAUACCGGUCAAGCAUUUCUUAUAAAAGAGAUAAGUAAAAAAUACGCCUUACUAAAAGGUGUUAAGAUCACAGUCGUGGACAACUAUCAAGGGGAAGAAAACAAAAUCAUAAUAUUGUCUCUGGUUAGGAGCAAUAAAGAAGGAAAGAUUGGAUUCUUGUCAGCUCCGAAUAGAAUAUGUGUCGCUUUGUCAAGAGCUAAAGAAGGUUUUUAUAUGUUUGGUAACAUGGAUAUCUUGCAAGCAGCAAGUCCACUGUGGCGAACUAUAAGAGAUAAGUUACAACUUCGAAACUCUAUUGGCAAGGAAAUUUUGUUACAGUGUGAUAAGCAUACGGAAAAUAUAUUUAAUGUUUCUUCAGUUAAAGAUUUGGACGAUUUCUCAGAAGGCACAUGUUGUAGGAAAUGUAAGCAGUAAUAGUCAGUAAAAAAAAAUGUAAAUGUUAUAUUCUAUCUAUAGCUGUUAUUUUUUAGACUAAAUAUGGCUAAAGUCAAAAUAAAAGUAACUCUU